CGCUCCUGUGUUAUUCCUUAUUGAUAUCCCAAUCAGUACGGUCGCGGUAACCCUCAAGUUAACCCUUUUUAGUUAACCCUUAGCCGUGUGUGAUUAUGAGUCAAGUGUCAACUUGACAGCGCGCGGUUUUGUGAAAUUUAGUGUUGUCUGUUUUCACAACUUUCCUGGUUUGCGAUGCUCAAGCCACGCGAGAUCCAGCUCGGAGAAAGUUUAUUUUUAUAAUAAUAGCAAAACCCAUACCAUAUGCGGCGAUCUGAGUACACCACAUGUCAAUUACAUGUUACAGCCACCUCACUAUUGGGAUUACUGAACUUUAUUAGGAUAACGAACUUAGUUUUACAGCCAUGGCUGAUUACGACCUCAUACCUUAUGAAGACGAUGAACUAUUUCAAGAAAAAACCGACAGCGUCACCGAUCUCCACGCCUACUACAUGUCACAGUUUAAUUUAGAAGUAGAAAACGGUAAACCAAAACAGAAAAACGAUUUUAAAAAUAACACUGAAUCUAAAAAUGACAACUUCAGGUUUGGUGUCGAAGAAAGCUUCGAUUUCGAAGUCCUAGAGGGAUGGAAUAAUACAGAUAGUAGUCAAACAGACUUCGAAAUCAUAGAUGAAGUUAUAGACAAUAAUAAUAUUAACGAUCAAAACAUUAAAGAAGUUCUUUUAGAUUUAGACAACAUUGAGUUUGACGAUAGUAGUUUUAAAUCUGAUUCUUGUGACAGUAACAAAAAGAUUGAUUCUAAUUAUAAUAAUGAUUAUAUAGAUGAUGAAUCAUUGAUAGACGAACUUUGUAGAGAAGAUGGGGAGUCACGAUUGACGCCUGAAACUUUUAAUGAUGAUUAUUUGAAGACAAUGUCCAACGAAAAUCUGUUGCCGUCGAUAGAAACUGCAUUUUCGAAACGGUAUUGUAAUUAUAACAAUACAGAGGAAUCUCAUACACAACAAAAUAUGUAUGACGUUAAUACAAGCCAACAUAUCCCACAAGCCAUUUGUCCACAAACUACUAACUUGGAUCAUUACAGUUACCCAAACAAUAUACUUUAUAAUAUAGAUGGCGAAAAUAAUUAUAUACUACCUGACACACCUACCAGUUGUACUGAGUUUAACUUCGAAAGGCAAUCUAGAACAGUAUCAGUUUCUGAUUCGGUGGAAAGCGAUAUGCACAGUGGAGGUUAUUACGAUGAAAAUUCGGAAAAUUUUGAAGAAGAUGAACUUUUUAUUAAUUUGGAUGAGUUCGGUCUGGUGUUGGAAAGGGACAAUGAAGGAGUUGAUGAUAAAGUUGGUCAAAAUAGUGGAAGAAUGGACAAAUCACAAGGCGAAAGGGUAUGCCAAUGGGAACAGUGCCACGAAAGAUAUCCUAAUCAGAAUACAUUGGUGGAGCAUAUUGAGAGAGCGCAUGUCAACACUUAUAAAGGAGACGAGUUCAGUUGUUUGUGGCGCGAGUGUCUACGCGCGCGGCGUCCGUUCAACGCGCGGUACAAGCUGCUCAUCCACAUGCGCGUCCACUCUGGACACAAGCCGAAUAGAUGCCAUCACCCAGGAUGCGGCAAAGCCUUCUCCCGGCUGGAGAACCUGAAGAUCCACGUACGCUCCCACACCGGAGAGCGACCCUACGCGUGUCCAGCGCCGCACUGCAGGAAGGCCUUCUCUAACUCCUCCGACCGGGCCAAACAUCAGAGGACACAUUUUAAUGCUAGGCCAUACGCAUGCGGUGCGAUAGGCUGCGGCAAGCGCUACACCGACCCCUCAUCUCUUCGGAAACACGUCAAAUCCCACCCCCACGUGACUCAAGCCCCGCGACCAUGCUUCCCUCCCACCAAACCCAUCAGACGAGUGGAGGAACAACUGGUACCAAGCUCACCAGCAAAACUCACCACCCUUAGAUGCAUUAGAGACAAACUGACAGUGCCCAAGUUGCAUAAGAUGUAGUAAAUCUAUUUUUAUACGGUAGGAUGUACAGAAGAGGCAUUUGGCUAACUGUAACACAUACUAUUCGUUGGGAGAUGUUAGAGGAAAUCGAUCAGAAUGGAGGACCUUAGUUCAGCAGAGUACCUUUAAUUUUGAAAAUAUACGGAGGCAAGAUCUAGAUAAUCGUCAUAAACAUCUUAAAUCCAAACCUCCCUCCAUUAUCACAUAUAAUUAUGUUAACGGUACCCUAACAUGUCCUCUCUGCGCCAGGAGUGCAUUCUCUGUGCAUUCCGCGCAAAAAUAGGUUACAUAAGUCACAUGAGGGCGCCUGAUAGCCCGCCUGAUGGCGUAGCCCGUGUGUGAUCUGACAAAGUUUCGAGUCGCUGUUCCCGAAUCGCCAAAGACGAGAUGAUGAUGACUUGGUUCUCCGUCUGUCUGUCUGUCAAGACGUGUACUGAUUCCUUAAGCAGACCACAUCAGGGUACGUUUGGUGCACCCAAAAAACCUGCAAGACUGGAGCGAAAUCACUCUUUAAGGGCGACUUACAAUAAUAUUUCGUCGUCCUUACCCUACGUUUGAGCAAACGUAGAUACCAGAUUUAGGUUUUACCAGAUUGUAGCGUGGAACGACUCUCUAAGGGUGAUUUAUUUAAACUCAGACCUCAACUUACGGACAUUUCAGACAAUGGAGAACGUGUGAGUCUAUUAGACCAUUAUCAGUUGUGUGCACUUCAUAGUAUAGAAAAAUUCACAGCUUGCCCUGUGGAGAAGGAAUUUUGAGGUAUCCUUCCUCAAAAUUCCUUCCACUGGCCUUAACAGUUAUAUAGCUGAGAAUUGGGAGAUUAGAAUAAGAAAUACAUAUUUAAGUAAAAGAGCUCAAUGAAAGACUGUCAAAGAAACAGGCUCAAUUAGUUAAGUACUAUUAUAUUAUUAAACUCAAAUUAAGUUCAGUUGUACAUUUUAUUAAGAGAUCAUGUUAAAAACAUAAUCUCUGUUAUAGGUUUUGGGACCAAUUCCAUUCUCCAAAGUACUUAAGUAGUCGGGAGAAGACUUUAGUUGUAUAAAGUUUAUUAAAUAAUAAUAUACUUUUAGGAAUAAUUAUAUUGAUAUAGCAACAAUGUCACAAUAUAUACCAACAAAUAAAUAAAAUUGUCUGUUUGUAAUUUUAAAUAAACAGUUUUACAUUAAAAGUAGGCGUAUACAGUAGGUAGGUAGGUAGGUAGGUAGGUAGGUAUUCAAGAAAUAUAUAUUUAAAAUUUUUUAAUUCUGGCUAAUUACUGAAACGGUUCGAUCGAUUUUGAUGUCAGAAGGGAAGAAAGAGGCUUUUUAGGUAAAUUUCAGAGAAUUCGUAGAAAUGAAAAAAAAAAUUACGACUAAAAAAAUGUGACAUGAGUUGUUUUAAAAAAUAUUCAAAAUGUUAUUUAUUUAAGUUAAUUAAUUUUAACACUGACGUUUGAAUGACACCUAUAGUUGCUCAAUUAAUUUAAUUUUAGAAAAACACCUUAUGCGGUAUUUUUUUAGAUUUUUUUUUUCAUGUUUAUUUUUUUAUAUAGACAGUAGAAAAGAAAGUUGUAGUAGGUUUAUUAAUUAAGUUUUUGUAGUAUUAAUAUCGACUUAUUGUACAGUAUUAUGAUAUUUUUUUUAUUUUAUUUUACAAUGACAAUAAAUAGUUAUAAUAAUACCUACUUUGUUGAAAUAUUUAGACAAAUGUGUAUUAUGUUUUAAAAUACUUUGUAUGUAAAUAAUAAGUUUAAAAAUAUAAAGUUUAUUCAUUGGGAAAAAAUAUUGGAAAAUAUUGGAUUCCAAACAGUAUUUUUUAUAAUUUUAAUAGGUAUAUAUUAGCACUCUAUGAGUGGUUGCAAAGCAACCGUUUGUUGUUUAACGGGUUUCUAUGCCGCACCACAUGUCAUAGAAACUCGUGCCUGUAUCACUCUACAUAGAGACCGGCUGCUCAGAAAUUGCAUUAUAUCGCAAUUACAAAACAUAUUCCAUUUCAUUGUCCUUGUGACAGCGCAGUUCAACAACCUUGUACGUCAGUUCAAAGUUACAUCGUCCAUUCGAUCACGACAUGUCGGAAACGCAAUUUCUGAGCGGCCAGACUUUAAUUUAACGACGCAUUUCUUGUAUACUGACGUUCCAUCGAUUUACUCGCGAGAACGUUUGUAAUGACAACAUAGGUAACCAAAGCUAAACCGACUUCAUCAUUAACAGCCCAUAUUCGGCACACUGUUGAGCACGAGUCUCCUCUUAGAAUAAGAGGGGUUAGGCUAAUAGUCUACCUCGCUGGCCCAAUGCGCAUGACUUCAUACAACUGUUAAGAGUAAGUUGGAAGUGUAUGAACCGAACCGGAUUCGAACCUUAGCCCUCCGAAUCGAAGGUUGAGGUUGUAUCCACUGCUCAAAACCGACUUCCUGAGGUAGAUUAAGUAUUGUUAGAUAUUUGUAAGAAAAUUUGAAAAUGUACAAAAAUGUUGGAUGCUUUCCAAAGAAUCUCCCUUGUUUAGUAUUUUAUAAGAUUUUCCAUUUAAGAUCUCCUUUUUUUCCUCAUUUGAGGAUUUAUUUGUAUUUUUAAUUUUAGGUUUAGGACAGCUGCUGUCAAAAUGCUCAUUGCUCAUUUUUUUAAUAAAUAUUUUUUAUGAUGAAUUU